AUGUCUUUGUGGGAGAGACUCGAGAAAUUGGGCGAAGACAACUAUGAAGUUGUCUAUCUGACCCGUCCAUUGGAAGGACAUUGUCUCUGUCUGUCUAUUAAAAUAAUGGCAGUUAAAUCUGCAGAGAACAAAGAUUCAUCUCUCCUACACGAAAGGGACAUUCUCUCGAAAUUUAAAGGAUGCCCUCAUAUAAUUCGUUUAUUCGGUUAUGAUUUCACCGUUGAAGGCACCAAAGUUUUUACUAAUAUCUUCUUGGAGUACGCAUUGGGCGGCACUUUGCACCACCGCAUUCAAUCAUCAAAGACCGUCGAAUGCAAAGGAAUCCCUGAAAUUGAAGCAAAGGAAUAUACACUUUCCAUUUUAAAGGGUCUGCGCUAUAUUCAUGAGAGUGGAUACGUCCACUGUGAUAUAAAACCCGAAAACAUAUUAAUGGUCGACGAGAAGGCCAAAAUAUGA